CUUCUCAGAGAGGCUCUGCUGUCCCAACUGUACAUAUCUCGGGAUUCCAUUUUUGAAACGUUUUUUUCUGAAAAUAAUUAAUUAUUGGGUUGUUUCUUUAUUCUUUGAAUCUGCCCUGCCAUGGAGAUGACGAUGAUGCAGAAGAAGGACGAGGAUAGGAUCAGAGGCCCAUGGAGCGCCGAAGAGGAUGAGCUGUUGCAGAGCCUGGUCGAGACCCACGGCCCCCGGAACUGGUCUCUCAUAAGCAAAUCGGUCCCCGGCAGGUCCGGGAAGUCCUGCCGCCUGCGGUGGUGCAACCAGCUCUCCCCCCAGGUGGAGCAUCGCGCUUUCACGCCGGAGGAGGACGACACUAUCCUCUCGGCGCAUGCCAAGUUCGGCAACAAGUGGGCCACCAUCUCCCGUCUGCUCAACGGACGGACGGAUAACGCGAUUAAGAACCACUGGAACUCUACCUUGAAGCGGAAGUGCUCCUCCGCGUCGGAGGAGUCGAACUUUGAUCCGCCGCCGUCGCAGCCGCUGAAGAGAUCUUCCAGUACCGGUUCGGGUGUGAAUUUUUACUUGAAUCCGGGAAGCCCCUCUGGAUCUGAUACGAGCGGUACGAGUCUCCCCCUAUCCCCCGUUUACAGACCCAUCGCUCGGACCGGCGGGGUAUUCCCGGCUUCUGUUUCGCAGAUCGAAAAGGGUUCUCCGCCGGCGCCGGCAGAUCCGCCGACCUCUCUGACCCUCUCUUUACCCGGAUCCGAAACCUGUCACGCCACCAACUCUUCCUUGACUCCUACCAGUCAACCGAAACCAUUCAUUGAAACCGAAGCCCCACCGCCACCGCCACCACCCAGACCCGCUAUUCCACUCGCCCCGGAACCACUCCCGGCGCCACCUCCAUUCACAAUAACACCCGCCCAGUCCCGUCAAGCAGUGAUAACGUUUUUUACUGCUCCACCAACCCAAGUGCCGGAGAAACCGCUAUUUAGCCCGGAGUUUCUUGCGGUGCUGCAAGAGAUGAUUAGGAAAGAGGUGAGGAAUUACAUGUCUGCGGCGGAGCAAAAUGGGCUGUUCAUGCAGACGGAAGCGAUCAGAAAUGCCGUUAUCAAACGAAUUUGGAUCAAGCAGGAUUGAGUGAUGACCGGAGAAGAGAAAUCUGGGGAUUGAUGGGUGGACUUCAAUGUUGAAUUUGCAUCAGUGUCUGGGAAAAAUAAUUUUGCAGUAAUGUACAGAUGAGAAAUCGCAAGUAGGGGAAACUAUGGACUAGUUUUUAUUUUUAAAUUUAGAUGGUGACCAAUGUUGAAUUAUAAAAAAUUUGAGGGACUUGAAGUUUUUUCACAAAAUAAAAUUCGCAUUUAAUUCAAAAA